AUGCCGCACAAACGCCAUACCGGUCAAUUUUUGAAUAAAAACAAUUGCAUACAGAGUCGUGUGCAAUAUACAAACUCUUCUGAGCAUCCACCAAAUGUUUGUGUGUAUCAAAACAAUGGAUCGGUUGAUGAAAAUUUGUCAACAACGGAGGCGCGUGAAUAUGGCGGUGAAUUUUGUACGGCUCCCGAAUCGGCCAAUUACAUAGCGCCUGAACACCAGGAAGCUAUUGUAAGACUUGCAACCCCGCAUUAUAAUACAACAGUUCGCAAAAGAAAUGAAAUCGCCAUACUGCAUCAAAUGCGUCCUGUAGCAAUACAAAACGACGUUGAUCUUACUCCCCGCACAAAGAUGGCCAUCGCACCAAAGGUUACGCAGAAAAUGAAUUUCCCACUUGACCGUCCAGCUGUUUUCAAGGAUUUGGUUCCGUUGAAUGUAAAUGACUCGAUAUUGCAGCCGCUCAAAAGCAAGCCUUUUAAAAAGGGUUCCUCGAAGGAGCGCAACUCAGAGGCACAGGAGCCCCAAUUGGCCGACUAUGUCGAACAGAUUGAACGUGUUGAGCUGGUUAUACCGGAGCCCAACAUACACUUGGAUUUCCCUCUGGACGAUUUCAACUUCUUCGAGGCGUUCAAGAAAGUUUACAAUAGCUAGCUGGUACAAAUUUUAUUUUAAUUAAACAUUAGAUCAAUGCAAAUACAUGCCCAAUAGAGCGAGCUUUCUCUGCUUA